AUGGAGAUUUCCGACAAGACCCAUCCGCUCCUAAUGGAACGACCACGAAGCUCGGGUGUUGAUGUAGAGGCGUUCUCAUUCGCAAAGCCUGCUUCCCACGGGAAACCCUUUACUCUCAGGAAAUUUCCCAAGAACCCCCCUCUCUCGCAAUCCACAAUCGUUAAUGCCCAACCUUCAAGCGAGCAGACACAAGGCGAGGGGAGCUUCAAUGGUCAAUUAGCCCAACUGGAGGCUACGCCCGAAGCUCGCAAUCUUGAGGACGAAAUCAUCUUCAAUUUCCAGACUCCCGGGAGGACAUCGUUGCUUUUCCAGCCACCGCGGCGUCUAUCAAUGUCCAUGGAUCAACCAAAGGAAAGCGAAGCUCGACGUGGAACUGGAAGUUCAGGACAUGCGCACAGAUCGAGCCUCCAGCUUGAACAAGCCCCCACGCUUCCCCAGCCGAAUGAGACCAUUCAAGCAGAUGGUUCAGAGAACACUUGCACUGCUGAGGCGAAUGUUACGAUCUUGGACUCAACCCCCCACUCAGUUGUUGAAAAUGCCAAUGAAGCUAUCCCCAUCCUGCCUGGGAUUGCUCGGCCAAGACAGAAGAGUGAGGACAUUUCAAAGACUGCGCCUUCCUGCAUGUCGCUCAAGCCCGGGGACAGUCAACCCCGUGUUCCAGAGCAACGCCGUACUAAACAAAAGAGACCACCCACCAAGCGCUUGACACCUCCUGUGGUCAAGAAAAACAAUAUCCAAUUGGGUGAAGAUGAUCUCUUUGAGCUCCUCAUUAUGAAAAUGAGGGAGCGCGAAGAGCACGAGCAAAAGUCGGCAAGUAUUCAACAACAAAUCGAGACCGAGAAUUCGGACUUGAAAGGAGAAAUUGAUUCUCUGCAUAACCGACUCAAAUCAUGCCAGACCCAACUUGUCAAAAGCUCAUCUGAUGCAAAGCUCCAGAGAGGACAGAUAGACAAAUGGAAGGCAAGGCUCGGAAAAUUCAAAGAUGUUAUCAAUGAACUCGGGCUUGAAUAUGAUACGCUUAGGGAGCAAACGAGCGAUUUGAAGUUGACCACGUUGUCUCUUCACAAAGAAAAAGCGGAGAUCCAACAGAAUUUGGAAGAGAUCAAGUUGCAAGUUGCAAAAAACACUAACACAAUUGAGGGUCAACGCAGCAAGAUUUCCAGCUCCGAAGGGACGAUUGCGAUGCUGAGAGAAGCCUUGGACAAUUCAGAGAGACGAGACGAAAGCAUGAAGUCGCAGCUAUCUCAUGAAAAGAAGCGAGUGGUGACACUUGAGUCCUAUAUUCAAAAUGAAUCUCAGAGCCAAGCGCGCUAUUUGACUAUUGUCAGAAAAGGCCAGAAUGAAAUGAUCGAGAAGCUUGAAUCUGCCUGCAAACUCUUUACCACAACUUGUUCUGAUUCUCGAGAUGCCAUGACUUCAACAAUGAGCCCAGUUCUCGAACGGUGUAUCUCUUCGAUCCAGGAGUUGAAAGAACAAUGCUGCGUUCAGACGAUGGAUGUCGAAAAGUUCACAGGUGGCGUUCAAGAAGCUGCCACCCGGAUCGAUGCGCUGGCAGGCCAACUUGCAAGAGGUGUUGAAACAAACAUGGACGUAAGCAACGGUUUGUCUCGAACGUUCCAAGAAGGCUUGCGAUUUAUCGAGGGGUACCUCGGUCAGGGUUCAUCACUUUGCAAGCAGCUCGCCAGCAGCGAAAACCGUUAUGGGCAUCUCCAAGAAAACCUUGAAGGGGUUGAGCCGAUGAUAGGUAGUCUUAAUGCUUCUGUCAUGGCCAUCAGGGCGACAGAGACAGACCUUGUGCACGGCUUGGAGAUCUUCGGUCAAAGGCUUGCCGAAGCCCAAAUUCCAGCAGGAAACCCUGUCCUUGAGAUGGAGAUUUCGACCAAGUUUGCUGAAAAUACCCAAUUGCAACUUGAACUUCAAAAAGUCUCAAUUGAACUCGAGUCUCUCCGGAGGCAACUCGGCGACAGAGCUUCUGAAAAUGAGCAUCUCCAGCACGCGCUGACCGAGGCUGUUACCAAUGAGCAAGCAUCCAAGAAUCAGAACUCCCGGCUAGAGAUUGAAAAGACUGCCCUGCGGGGUGAGCUCCAAUUGGUCGAGCAGAAGGUCCGCGAGGAUUUGAAUAUUGCGAGCACCAAGUCGCAGGAUCGACUGAAAGCCAAUUUCGAAAGACAGAUACAAGGACUUGAAACAGCGAAUGCGAAACUGGAAACUCAUUCCGACCAGCUGACAAACCAGCUAGUCAAUGUCCAGAGGUCAUUGGCCGAAACAGAGAAGACAGCGGAGACUGAGCGACUGGAAAAAGUGACCCUCGAGCAAUCAGAACGACAGGUUGAGGAGCUGAACGCCACUUGCUCGAAAUAUAUGACUGAAGCCAAGGCCAAAGACAUUGGAUUACAACGUUGGAAGAGUUCCGAGGCUGAACUCAGAGUUGAAAAUGAAAGACUCCUUGGCGAACUCGAGCAAGCAGCAGAAAAGACUCGCGGAGUUGAAGCAAGCUUGGCACUGGAGGCCACAAUUGAAACGGAAGGAUUGAAAACAUCUCAGGACUUGCAAAAGCAAUUGAAAGCCCUUGAGUUAGAGCUGGCAGAGAAGGCCAGAGAGCUCCAGGCAAGCCUGGCGCUGAACACGAAAUCCGAAUUUCAGACUUUCAAGACUACCCAAGAAGCGGAGAAAAAGAACAAAGCACUCGAGUUAGAGAUGAACAAGAAGACAGAGGAGCUUGCAAAGAUGAAUGACAGCCUUGAGGUGAUGAAGUCCCGUUCCUUGGCCUUGGAGAAGGUCGGAGAAGAGGCUGAUUCUGAGAUUAUUGCACUCCUCCGUCGGGCUCAAGAGGCUGAAAGUUGGCAAGCGACUAUAAGAGAGGGUUUUGCCAGAAUCAUUGAGAUGCGUUCUGACGAGCCAUUCGAGCAGACAUGGCAGAAAGUGGAAAACAUCCUUCAGUCUUCGCCCAAUCAACGGCCCAUUACCAUGGUUUCAUCGGAUGAAAACCUUCCAGGUAGCGCCAGACUGGGGCUCGCGCACAAUAAACAACUUGUCUUCGGACCACGAGAGGACGGAGCAAAUGAGGUUUUGGAGGUUGAUCAGCGAAGAGAGCGUGUUUGUGAGACAAUCGCGGACUGCCACACUGACCUGCCUUUGUCUCAACGGACAUACAAUGCCUCGAAGCCUUUGACCAGAGAGAGCAUCGACUGGUCACCAAAAAUGCCCAUUGACGUAGGUCAUAUCGUUCCAUUCGCGAGUCUUCAUGACAAGCUUUCACGGGAGGAUAGUCUCUCGCUUUUCAACGAUCCAGCUGAGCUGGAGAUGUUGUUCAUGUCAACACCAGAUUUCCAGGGACCUACAGAUACAAACAAGCCUUCAAAGGCCUCUGGAGGAAGGAAAGAGAUGUCAGCAAAGCCUGAUACUGUUGGUCAAAAAGUCUGUGGAGUCAACUCUGCUAUCGAUAAACAUGUGCGCAAGGCAGAUGACAGCAAGAGUGAAAGACCCAAUUCGGCUCUCGCGAAGCUUGAUGACCCAUUUGUCGAUACAGCCAAGAAAUCGGAACAGUCUAACACCAGAAGAAAAGUUGUCAGCUUUGAGGGACCGGAUGUUGUUGACCAACCAGAGACUGGCAGGCCGCGACGGAUGUCAGAUGCGAUUGGUAACAGUUCAGGAAAGGACUCCGAGGACAAAGCGCCAAAGCGAACACAGAAGCGUACUUACAGCCGCCUUCGCCAAUCUGUGGCACAGGAAGAGACUUUGGUUGACACAAGCGUGCAGUCCACUGAUAACUCUUUGGCAGCAAAGCCACAAGUUCCCAUCAAAACCAAAGAUUCCGAUGCUGGGCCGGCAAAACCGGCAAAGAUGGCACGCAAUGCAACUUCCGGUCCUGAGAGACGGCUGAGUCCGAAGGGACUGGCUUCUGGCAGUAGUAAAACAAACGCAACUGCCACGCGAGCCCGCACCAAGCGCACCACUCGAAGUGAUCGCUAUAACCAGCGCUUCAGCCAAAAUGCCUGA